AUGUUAAUUCAACAGAUAUUGGCAUUUCACUGUCAUGAAGAAAGUCAUUUUGUUAAUAAAUCCAAAUCGGUGCAUAAUGAGAAUACCUCAUUAUACAAAGGGAUGCAUAUCGAGAUUUCAACUAAUACGAUUCCAUAUACGCAGAUCUUCGAAUUUCUCAAGGAAUUUAUAUUGUUCUACGCAUUUGUUUCCCGACCUGACUCCGUUCUCGAGCACGCCAAUUGCUAUUCAAAAAUCUUCGCUUGGCUUGUGCAAUACGACAUGCUCUUUGCAAAAUGGAUCAAACGCAACAGUCAUUCCACACGUGGAUUUGUUAAGUUGACGCCAUGA